AUGGCAACCGCAAAGCGCCGUUUCGGCGACACAUCAUCCAACAACGCACCACAAGAUGGACCUGCUACAAAGACCGCCCGAACAACCCUCGCCCCCAACCCCCGAAUCAAAGAAUGCGCCAUCUGCGCCGACGACCUCCCCCUAAAGAGCUUCCCACCCCGACUCGGCCACAGAACGCACAACCAACGCCACUCAACCUGCACGGCCUGCUGGCAACACCACCUCACCAGCGAAAUCGCCUCCAAACCCAGCACCCAAAUCCGCUGCCCGCAAUGCCCCUACGCCCUCCAGGAACCCGACAUCAAAGCCCACGUCACGCCCGCAACCUACACCGCGUACCUCGACAAAGUCCUCCUCGAGACCCUCCAGGCCGACCCGAACUACCGCACCUGUCGGCGACGUUAUUGCGUGCGGUGCGAGGUGCCGAUGCACAAGGGCGUGACGUGCGAGGAGUUUCAGGGGCAGCUGAGGCGGAGACAGGAUCAGGAAGAGAAGACUUCGAGGGAGUUUUUGGAGGGGUAUGCGAAGACUUGUCCCGAGUGUGGGGUGAGGAUUAGGAAGGAUGGGGGGUGUGAUCAUAUGACUUGCAAGAGAUGCAAGCAUGAGUUCUGCUGGCUGUGCUUUGCCUCCUACAACGGAGCAGAAGGCAUCCACAGAGUGGGAAACGAGGCACACAACGAAACCUGCCAGUACCACCCGGACAGACUGCCCUCUGCGCCCAGCGACCUAGAGUCGGAAGACGACUUGGAUGAAGAAGAAGUAGCCAGGCUCUUCGCAUGGCCCCGGCGGGACGAUGACGAGCAUCCAGAAGAUGCUACUCCUCUAGCUCGAGUCGUCGCCCUAAUGCCACCGUUGCAACAGACAGCAGGACCUGCCCCAAGCCCGUCUCAAUCACCCACCAUCCCCACUCAGCGCCCUGUCGUCCACGCAUACAACGCUCGACGAACCUCCUCGUUCAGUCCCAUCCCAGACCGACCUCGCCCGAAUCCGCAAGCGCCUGUCUUCCACCCAUACAACGCUCGACGAAUCUCGCUGUUCAGUCCCACACCAGACUAA